AUGAAGGAAGAAGAAGUGAACAGAUGUCAAAUCCAAGAAUGGUAUCCAAAAUUCAAAUACACAACCAUCAAAACAAUAAUCCAUGAGCUCCCGGAAUCCUUCAUUCAAUAUCUCCUCGAUGAUUCCGAACAAGAAUCCGAUGAUGAAUCAGAACAACUACCACUACCACCUUUAUUCCCGGAAUUGGAAUCACAAAUCAAUGAAUCAAUCAAAACACUCGGUUGUGCCAUCUUCCCUAAACUCAAUUGGACCUCCCCUAAAGACUCUGCUUGGAUCAACUCAACCGGGACCCUCAAAUGCACCUCGUUUAUCAAAAUUUCCAUUUUGCUUAAAUCAUCUGAUUCAUUGCUCCACGAUCUCUGCCACGUACAUGAUUUGUGUAAUGACUGUAAUGCCCCUAGACCUGAUCAUUUCUUCCUGGCCCUUCAGAAAUGGUACCCAUCUCUCCAUCCUGAAAUGGAAUUCCGUUGCUUUGUCCGGAAUCACAUCCUUGUCGGAAUCUCGCAACGAGAAGUCACGUGGUUUUACUCGAUUCUGAUCGAAAAGAAACAUGAGUUGGAAACAGGAAUCUGA